AUGUCGGGUCUAUACGCACAAAGAAAUGAGUUCGAAGUAGAACGCACAGGAAUUCGCGUAAAUGUACCUAAUAAUGAUGUAGCACGACUCAUGUAUUACCUAAAUUGUGUAUGCAUAGUAAUUGAUUGUAACAAUGAGCCUAGCAUUCAACGUUAUACAACUUAUCAAAAUUGGUAUUCUUUGUCAUUGGACGAGCAAAAGGUACUUCUUGCAUUGUGUUAUACAUUCAAUCCAGAUAUAUUGCAAAAUAAAGUUUUCUUUCAAUAUGAUGCUCUAUGUCAAGAUGGUUCUAAUGAAUUCUACGAAAUUCGACAAGCACGCAGUCAAUUUUUAAUUCAUGAAUCGAUUCUUAUAGCGGGACGUCAACAUCAUAUUAAUAAUAUUAUGGCAUAUAAAACACAAUGGAUGUCUAGAAAUUAUUACGAACCGAGACAACGACUUGUAGCACGAUUGAAUAAUUCAAAUACACCUGCUGUUAUGAAAUCAUCUUAUGUUGGAGUAUCAUCUAGCAGAUCGAAAACAUGCAAGUACAUAUGGUGUGGUAUUGUUUGUUUUUUCUGCAUCAUACCUGGUAUUAUUGGAAUAAUUGUUGCUAUUGUAAAUGCGGUUAAGAAAUGA